GAACGGCGUCCUCAAAUGCCCUAAAUGCAGCGGUGAAACUGCCUCCCUUCUCUUACUGCGACUGCGGCGUUUUCCUUGGCGAAAGGCGGCGGCAUCUUCCUCCGUCGAGCUCUCAUCGCUGCGGCUUUUUCCUCGGAGAACGGUGGCUGCUGCGGCUUCCUCUCCGCCAGCGAACGGUACAGCGUCCGUGUCAGUGUGCAGGUGUUAUUUGAAGCCAUUAUUUCAGUGGUGGAGAAUUGCUUGGAUGUGAGCAUGAGAAUGAGUAACUAAUCAUAGGUACUCUUUAUCAACUCGCAAACACCAGUUAGAGACUUAUCUAUGAAAGAAAUGGCUGAUUGGAAUUGAAUGCAUGUGGAUUAACAUGAGUGGUAGAGGAAUGUUGUCUGAGACAGAUGAUUAGUUGAAAGUUUUCACCAUCCUUGAUUUGAGGCAGAGGAGGAAUUUGGAUUGGACAGGGCAGAAAUAAGACUUACUUUUCUUGUAUUUUUCUGCAAACAGUACGUGAUACUGCCUCAAAAGACAAUGUUUUUGGUGCAGAAGAGGCUCUUUUGCCUUCUUUCAUGUAACAAGUCCACCAUCCAUCUUUCCUCAUAUCAACUCGGCAGUCUGUUUAGCUUUUCCACUGCCGAAGACCACAGUUCAAAUCAUAUAUCCAAAUUUAUGUUGGUCGACCCGCUUCAGUCAUGUGAACUUUCCUCAAAAGAGGCUGCGAAAAUGGCCAAGGAUCGCAUCUGUGAAAAAAAACUUCCAAGUUCAAGUCCUUCCAUUGAGUUCUUUAAGCAGAGCGGUUGGAGUGAUGCACAAGUCAUGAAGCUUACCCGGAGGCAACCCAAGUUGAUAUUUGCUAACGUAGAGACUGUCCUGAAGCCCAGGAUGAGAUCUUUGCAGGACAUGGGAUUUUCUGACACUGAAAUAUUUCAGCUGGUUUCAUCAUGUCCGACUCUGCUCUGUUUCCGUGAUAUCCAACCAAGGAUCAACUUCUGGAGGUCACUUCUUGGUUCUAAUCAGAGGUUUCUGAAAGCCUGCAAGAGGAACUUGUUUAUUCUUACUUCUAGCUUGGCUCGGAAUAUAGAACCCAGUAUAUCUCUCUUGAGGGAACAUGGCAUCAGUGACGAGCGCAUCGCGCAUAUGGUGGUGACAAUGCCGGGCAAUUUUGGUAGAAUAGACAAAUUAAAGGAAGUUAUCAAAUAUAUUGAGGAAUUGGGUGUCUCACGUGAUUCUGGCGUAUACACUUAUGCACUUCAUGUGGUCGUUAAUGUGAGCAGGUCCAAGUUUGAUGCUAUGUCGGUAACUCUGAUGAGCUUUGGGUGGUCCCAGCCUGACAUCAAUGCUUUAUUCAGGAAGUGCCCAAAAAUUUGGACACUCUCAAAGAAGAGCAUAUGUGACAAGAUGACAUUCCUGACGAAGGAAGCUGGUUGUGAGCUGACAUCUAUCAGUCGCUAUCCCAUGCUUCUGAAGUAUAGCUUGGAGAAGAGGUUGAGACCUCGAUAUGAAGUUCUGAAUUUUCUUAAUCAGAAUAAAUUGCUGGAUAGAGAACAUAACCUGCCAUCUGUCAUGACGCCAAAGGAAGAGAAGUUCAGAAAUAAAUUUCUUUUCCUGCUCCGCAAGGAGAAAUUUAUUGCUCAAUAUGAUUCCUAUGUUGUUGCUGUGCAGCGAAAGCACCAUGUUGUUGCCGAAAACUUGGAUUGCUAGUGUAAACCUAUAACAUUUGUGACAAUUUAAAUUCUCCAAGAGUUUAUUAGAGUAGAACUUCCAUGUUGA